GCUUUCUCCUCAUCCAUCAGCCCUGUGAAACUAAGGAGGACCUGUUGCCUGCCUCAUUUCAGAAGGGUUUGAUUGAUGGCACUUAAAUAUAUUUUAUCUUUUGGUAGAAAAGGAGAGAGGAAUGAAAUAUCUGUGAUGACUCUGUUCACAUGUUUGGCUUUUCUCUCUCUCUUUGGUGGUGCUUUGCAAUUGCUGGACAAUGGGAUAUUUUUAAUUUAUAAUGAAUACCACAAGCAUUGUAUACAAGUCUAUAGUUCAAGAUCAGUAAGAACCGCCUCUUGUCAUAAGGACAAUGAAUUCCAAAAAUUCAGGUGGGUCUCUGAACAUCAGCUUAUGAGUAUAGCAUUCAGCAUGUGCUUGGGAGUGACUUCAAAGGAAGAAAAAGUUGCCAUUACUCUGUAUCCUUGUAACAAAACAAGUGAACUUCAGCUGUGGGAAUGCAGAAAUGAGGGCCUUUUCGGACUGAGAGGAGAAGAUCUAUUUUUUAACUCUGACGACAUAGAAGAAGAAAAUAUUAUGCUGUACAAUGGAUCAAACAUUAAGAGUAAGUGGAAGGUCUAUGGAACCACAGAUGAUUUAUGCUCUCGAAGCUAUGAAGAUAAAGACACUGUCAGAUUUUGGACUACAGAUCCUUCUACAGGUACCUAUUAUCAGAUAAACUCCCAAUCAGCUCUAACUUGGCACCAGGCAAGAAAAAGUUGUCAGCAACAGAAUGCGGAAUUGCUGAGUGUUACAGAGAUUCAUGAACAAACGUAUCUGAGAGGAUUAACUGAAGGGAUUAAUUCUUCACUAUGGACUGGACUUAACAGAUUGGAUUUAAAGAGUGGAUGGCAGUGGACUGGUGGCAAUCCUUUCAGAUACUUAAACUGGGCACCAGGAAACCCUUCCUCAGAUGCUGGGAAAAUCUGCGCAGCUUUAAAUCCUGGAACGAAUUUUAAAUGGGAAAACCGGGAUUGUGGAGAGAAAAUUGGCUAUAUUUGCAAAUGGGGAGAUACCCAUUUAGCUAAUAUCACUAUUCCCUCAGGUGACUUUGAGUCUGUUCAUUGCCCAGAUGGAUGGAGGUCAUAUGCUGGUCACUGUUACAUGAUAUACAGGGAGCCCAAAGUGUGGGAAGAAGCUUUGACUUCCUGUAGAAAGAAUGAUGGCGAUCUUGUCAGUAUUCAUAACGUAGAAGAGCACAGCUUCAUAGUGUCUCAGCUUGGGUAUAAGCCAACAGAGGAGUUAUGGAUUGGACUAAAUGACAAUAAGGUUCAAAUGUAUUUUGAAUGGAGUGAUGGGACUCCUGUGACAUACACCAAAUGGCUACAUGGAGAACCAACCCAUGAAAAUGGCAGGCAGGAAGACUGUGGAAUUAUGAAGGGCCAGGAUGGUUAUUGGGCAGAUCAUGUUUGUAAAAAGAAAACUGGUUAUGUUUGUAAAAGAAAACCUUUGGUACAAGUGCCUAAAGAAAAGGAAAGUGCUGAUGCAGGCUGCCAGAGAGGAUGGAAAAGAUAUGGAACAUUUUGCUAUUCAGUUGGAAAUAUAUCUGAAACAUUUUUAGAAGCAAAUAAAGCAUGUCAAAGGAACAAUGGUUACAUAGCAACAGUUGAAAAUCGGUAUGAACAAGCCUUUCUGAUUAGUCUGGUUGGGCUGACAUCAGAAAAAUAUUUCUGGAUUGGUCUUUUUGAUGCAGAAGAACAAGGAAUAUUCAAGUGGGCCAAUGGUGAAGAGGUUCUGUUCACUCACUGGAAUUCAGGAAUGCCUGGCGGGGAGUCAGGAUGUGCUGCAAUGAGAACUGGACCUGCAGCUGGAUUAUGGGAUGUUCUUCCUUGUGAGAUGGUGGAAAAAUUUAUUUGUAAACAACGGGCUGCAGAUGCCACAUAUCCUCCUGUUCAAACAACAACUCCUGCCCCAGUGUGUCCUGAGGGUUGGGUCUCAACUGUCCAUAGUAAUUCAUGCUUCAAAGUUUUUCUCAGAGACUAUGAACAACAAAAAAUGUGGCUUAAAGCUCGGGAUUUUUGUAGAGAAAUGGGUGGAGACCUGGCCAGCAUUCACAGUAAAGAGGAAUAUAUUGUCAUACAGAGUUCAUUAAGGGAUAUUAAUACUUUUGAAAAUACUUUUUUAUGGAUCGGUAUAUUUUUCUUGGAAGGACUUGCCUGGAGUGAUGGCUCUCCUGUUACCUACACAGGCUGGUUUGAAUCAUCAAGUGUUCAGGAUGAAAGCAAAUACUGUGGAACUAUUAAUGAACAACACAAUAAAUGGCAUAAGGUAGACUGUAGACGGUAUGAAAACUGGAUUUGUCAAAUAAAAAAAGGACCAUUCAAACCAGAACCCACUGACAAGCCUGCAUAUAAAACCAUUGAAGAUGCAUGGAUUAUACAUGAAGACAAGCAGUAUUUUAUAAGCAAUGAUUAUAGCUCUAUGGAAAAAUCCCGGGAGUUUUGCAAGAAGAAUUUUGCGGAUCUUGCUGUCAUUGAAAGUGAAAGUGAAAGGGAAUUUCUAUGGAAAAAUAGUGAUCAGCAUGAACCAAGGUGGUAUUACAUUGGUUUAACAGUGAGCCUUGAUAAAAGGUUUAGCUGGAUAGAUGGUUCCCUAGUGAACUAUGUAGCUUGGGCCCCAGAUGAACCUAACUUUCAAAAUAAUGAUGAAAACUGUGUGGUCAUGGACUCAUACAGAGGUUUUUGGAGUGAUGUAAAUUGUGGCGCACUCAAUUUUUUUAUCUGUGAAAGGCACAAUAGUUCCAUUAAAUCAACAUAUACACCUUUAUUUAAACCUGGAGGAUGUCCAGAAACUUGGCUUUUGUUUAAUAAUAAGUGUUUCAGAAUAUUUGGUUCCAAUAAAACAGAGAAGCUGACAUGGCAUGAUGCACGAACAGCUUGUGUGACACUUGGGGGAAACUUGGCUACCAUUCCAAACAAACAACUACAAGCCUUCCUCUUCUACCACGUAAAGGAAGUUAUGACUGAUGUCUGGAUUGGGUUGCAUGAUAUACAUCUAGAGAUGGCAUUUCUUUGGACAGAUGGAAGUAGUAUCUCUUAUGCCAACUGGGCCUUUGGUGCACCCUCAAACAACAACUUUUAUAAUGAGCAUGACAACGAGAAAAAUUGUGUCAUAAUGGCACUGGGAAAUGGAAAAUGGAGAGAUAAAGACUGCGCAGAAGCCAAAGGCUAUAUAUGUCAAAUUAAUUCAGAUCCUAAAUUACUUCUUUCCUCAACAACAGUUCCAGCCUCUGAUUUUACCCAUUUUGGUGGCAGUAGUUAUUCAAUAAUCCAGUCCAAGAUGACAUGGGAAGAGGCAAGAAAAAACUGCAAGAAUAAAUCUUCAGAACUUGCUAGCAUUUUAGAUGCUUAUAGUCAGUCAUUCCUAUGGCUACAGAUACUCAAGUAUGGAGAACCUGUAUGGAUUGGUCUUAACAGUGAGGUGAUGUCCACAUAUUACCAAUGGACUGAUAACUGGUUAAUCAAGUAUUCUCAAUGGGCAAUGGGAGAGCCAAAGACUAAAAGAGCCUGUGUCUAUGUAGACAUAAAUGGGUACUGGAAGACAGCAUCCUGUAAUAAAAACUUCUCUUCAGUUUGCAAACGGUCAGAUGUUGUGGCCCCUUCUGGUUUUGAGGAAUCAGCUGAGCACUGCCCUGAAUCAGAAAGCCUCAGAUCUUGGAUUCCAUACCGUGGUCAUUGCUAUUACAUUGAAACAUCAGCUGAAAGAAACUGGACCCAAGCCUCUCUGGAAUGUAUUAAAUUAGGUGCUACUUUGGCUUCAGUAGAAGAUUUGGCUGAGUCUGAUUUUCUGACACACAGAAUACUGACAUCUCAAAAACUACAGGCCAGCUAUUGGUUUCAAUACUAUGAAAAUAUAUAUGAUGGUUCUUACAGUUUGGUACACAGUUCAAGAUGGUUCGAUUUCUGGACAUAUUUACUAUGGAGUCACACAAAAAUGAAAGGUUUUUGGUUAGGAAUAUACAGAAAUAUGGAUGGCCAAUGGUUAUGGCUAGAUAACACUGCAGUGGAUUUUGUCAACUGGAAUGCAGAACAGCCCAAUGAGGGAGGUCACUGUGUUGAGAUUUCUGGAUUAUAUGGAUUUUGGAAUAAACUUGAGUGUUCUUAUGAACAAGGAUAUGUUUGUGAAAAAUCAAACAUGAUUGAAAUUGAAAAAACUGUGAAGAUAUCAAGGGAAAGAGAAGAGAAGAAGGAUGAAGAGUGUUCUGCAUCUGGCAGCCUUGCAAUCUGGAUACUGGGAGUGCUGACCAUUCUUAGUUUAGCUGGAGCUGGCCUCAUGGCCUCUUUCUUAUACAAGAAAAAAAUGAGAAAUCAAGAGGAAAAAAGUGGUGAAGGCAAUGAGAUACAACUGAAUAGCACUGAUACUGCUGCUUAAGGAAGUAGUGAUAUAAAGGAUUCUGUAGGCAGUAUCAGGCAAAAUGUACACACUGUCCUCUAGUUUAAUAAAACUAAGGAUGUGCCAGAUUUGGUAAUUUAACUUAGUGGAAUGAAUUGAAUCUCUAACCAAAGACAAAUUCUCUUGUAGCAGUAAUUGCUUAUUUUGUGUUGUAUGCAUUUUUAAGCAAGUAGAAACAUUCAUUACUAUUAUACUGUUCUAGCAUUCAGACUCUUCCCAUAAAUGGAACAAGUGAGCAUGGAUAAUUAUCAGAAUAAAUGUCAAUAA